AUGCAGCGCCGCCGUGGACCCGCCUCUGUGCUCCAGCUGCUGCCUCCGCUGCUGGCAAUGCUCGGGGUGUCGGUUCUGACAGCUCCCCUGGCCCCUAGACCCUCCAAGGAGGAGGUGACCCGCUGUCUGGCAGAGGUGGUCACAGAGGUGCUGACCCUGGGCCAGCCCCAGAGAGGACCUUGCAUGGCUCUCCUCCACAAAGAGAUGUGUGAGAAAGAACCCUACCACUGUGUCCCCACUGAAGAGAAAGGACUGCUGGGUGGGGACUUCAAGAAGCAGCAGGCUGGGAAGACAAGGCCCAAUCAGGAGGUGAGGGACAAUGAAGAGGAGGGAGCAGAGAGGACACACCGGUCUGAGGUCCAGGAACAGGCUGUUCAUGAGCGGCUGCACAGCCUGCUCCACCAGGAAGAUGAGGAGGAAGAGGAAGAGAAGAAGAGGGGGCCCACUGAGGUCUUGGAGGACAUGUGGAAGCACCAUUUCGAGAAUGGUGCGGGCUCCCAGAAGCGGGUGGCAGAGAAGGCCAGCGACGAGGAGACAGCCCAGUUUGAGGCAGAGGAGAAGGGUGUGCAGCUGCUAGGCAGGGACCGUAGCCUGUGGCAGGGAGCCAAGAGAGGUGAAGGGGGGAGGCAUGAAGAUUCGCUGCUGCACCACCACUACCCCCAGCCAGAAGCCGAGCCCAAGGAAGAGGCUUCCAAGAGGGAGGUGAGUGGAGGAGGGAAGGCAGCAGUACAACUGGAGCACAUGAGAGAUGAGCUGGAGAAAGCAACAGAGAUGCUGGGGGAGAAACUCAGGAAGGAGGGCUGA